AUGGCAAUUUCUAGUGGAUGGAAUCUUAUUGGAAAUUUAUAUUUUAUUUUAUGUGGACAAGUAGGAUUAAAAGCUGUCAAAAUGUGUGAUGAAGAAGUUGCCGCAUUAGUCGUUGACAAUGGCUCAGGAAUGUGCAAAGCCGGUUUCGCUGGUGAUGACGCACCAAGAGCUGUCUUCCCAUCAAUUGUUGGACGUCCACGUCAUCAAGGAGUUAUGGUUGGUAUGGGACAAAAGGAUUCAUAUGUUGGUGAUGAAGCUCAAAGCAAACGUGGUAUUCUUACCUUGAAAUACCCAAUUGAACACGGUAUUGUCACUAACUGGGAUGAUAUGGAAAAAAUCUGGCAUCACACAUUCUACAAUGAACUUCGUGUUGCACCAGAAGAACAUCCAGUUCUCCUCACCGAAGCCCCAUUAAAUCCAAAAGCCAACAGAGAGAAGAUGACACAAAUUAUGUUUGAAACCUUCAAUACCCCAGCCAUGUAUGUCUCAAUCCAAGCUGUUCUUUCAUUGUAUGCUUCAGGACGUACAACCGGUAUUGUCUUAGAUUCAGGAGAUGGUGUCUCACACACAGUUCCAAUUUAUGAAGGUUAUGCCCUUCCACACGCCAUCCUUCGUCUUGAUUUGGCUGGACGUGAUUUAACCGACUUCCUCAUGAAGAUUUUGACAGAACGUGGUUAUACAUUCACAACCACAGCUGAACGUGAAAUCGUUCGUGAUAUUAAGGAAAAAUUGUGCUAUGUUGCAUUGGACUUCGAACAAGAAAUGGCUACAGCUGCUUCAUCAAGCUCAUUAGAGAAAUCAUAUGAAUUACCUGACGGACAAGUCAUCACAAUUGGAAACGAGAGAUUCCGUUGCCCAGAAACCCUCUUCCAACCAUCAUAUAUUGGUAUGGAAUCCAAUGGAAUCCACGAAACAACAUACAACUCAAUCAUGAAGUGCGAUGUUGAUAUCCGUAAGGACUUGUAUGCCAACACCGUCCUCUCAGGAGGUACUACAAUGUUCCCAGGAAUUGCUGAUCGUAUGCAAAAGGAAAUUACAGCACUCGCACCAUCAACAAUGAAGAUUAAGAUCAUUGCUCCACCAGAACAAAUCAAAAUGUGUGAAGAAGAAGUUGCCGCAUUAGUCGUUGACAAUGGUUCAGGAAUGUGCAAAGCCGGUUUCGCUGGUGAUGACGCACCAAGAGCUGUCUUCCCAUCAAUUGUUGGACGUCCACGUCAUCAAGGAGUUAUGGUUGGUAUGGGACAAAAGGAUUCAUAUGUUGGUGAUGAAGCUCAAAGCAAACGUGGUAUUCUUACCUUGAAAUACCCAAUUGAACACGGUAUUGUCACUAACUGGGAUGAUAUGGAAAAAAUCUGGCAUCACACAUUCUACAAUGAACUUCGUGUUGCACCAGAAGAACAUCCAGUUCUCCUCACCGAAGCCCCAUUAAAUCCAAAAGCCAACAGAGAGAAGAUGACACAAAUUAUGUUUGAAACCUUCAAUACACCAGCAAUGUAUGUUGCCAUCCAGGCUGUUCUUUCAUUGUAUGCUUCAGGACGUACAACCGGUAUUGUCUUAGAUUCAGGAGAUGGUGUCUCACACACAGUUCCAAUUUAUGAAGGUUAUGCCCUUCCACACGCCAUCCUUCGUCUUGAUUUGGCUGGACGUGACUUGACUGAUUAUUUGAUGAAGAUCUUAACAGAACGUGGCUACUCAUUCACAACCACAGCCGAACGUGAAAUCGUUCGUGACAUUAAGGAAAAAUUGUGCUAUGUUGCAUUAGAUUUUGAACAAGAAAUGGCUACAGCUGCUUCAUCAAGUUCAUUGGAGAAAUCAUAUGAAUUACCCGAUGGACAAGUCAUUACAAUUGGAAACGAAAGAUUCCGUUGCCCAGAAGCACUUUUCCAACCAUCAUUCUUGGGAAUGGAAGCUUGUGGUAUUCAUGAAACAACAUACAAUUCAAUCAUGAAGUGCGAUGUUGAUAUCCGUAAGGACUUGUAUGCCAACACUGUCCUCUCAGGAGGUACUACAAUGUAUCCAGGAAUUGCUGAUCGUAUGCAAAAGGAAAUUACAGCACUCGCACCAUCAACAAUGAAGAUUAAGAUCAUUGCUCCACCAGAACGUAAAUACUCUGUCUGGAUCGGAGGAUCAAUCUUGGCUUCACUCUCAACCUUCCAACAAAUGUGGAUCAGCAAGCAAGAAUAUGAUGAAUCUGGCCCAUCAAUUGUUCACAGAAAAUGCUUCUAA